GGCACCUAGGUAAACAUAUAGCCCAAUUAUUUAUUUUUGAUAUAAUGGCUGGGGGCUAUCACAACCCCUUCCCCUCCUCUCUACGUCACGAGUGCGAGAAAGCUUGCGAAAUCCUCGAAGCAUUCCUUAACCCGAGCGUUCCAAAUAGCACAGCCACACAGAUUCUUCAAAAUGCGCAGGGUCUCGCUAUUAUCUCCACAGUCAAAGGAGCAUUCAUGGGAUCCGUCAGAUUUGGCUCGGGAAUCCUUGUCGCGCGACUUGAUGACGGCAGUUGGUCUGCUCCGUCGGCCAUUGUCGUUGGAGGGGUAGGAUUUGGCGGCCAAGUUGGCGUCGAAUUUACAAACUUUAUAUUUGUCUUACCUCGGAAAUCCUCAGUGAGGACAUUCGCGCAACUCGGAAGCUUGACAUUGACCACAAACAUAUCUUUGGCUUUGGGCCCCAUGGGAAGAUGUGGUGAGGUUGGCUUGGGCGCAAGCCUUCACGGACUAGGGGCAUUGUGGGCUAUGUCCAAGACAAACGGGUUCUUUGGCGGGUUCAGUGUUGAACUAGCCACGUUCAUUGAAAAUGGAUCCUCCAAUCAAAAACUCUAUCAAAAGAAGCUCACCGCUGCCCAACUUCUGAAUGGAGAAAUAAAACCGCCAGAUGAUGCUAAGAUGCUAAUGCAGUGCUUGUCCCACAAAGCCUUUUACUCCCGUCGACAUCGCGUACCUGACCCUGAGCUACCUUCUGAUCCCUCCACCGCAACAGCCUUAGAGCUUACCAGUGGAGCUGAGAACCAGCUACCUGUAGAGUUAUCGACCCGAGGGGCCUUACCGGUUGGGCUUCCUAGCGAAUCUCUGUCUUCACCAUUGGAGGGGCGCGAAACAUCAGCACGGGAAGCAUGAACCAUGGGUAGCAUUUUUAUGGUGGUCUCCAUGGUCGCCGAACCCUCUACCAUGCAUUGCGACAAUCAUUCUUUUGAUAGUUCGUUUGAUAUCUAUCUAGCGAUUCUCGAGUUUCUUUCUAUAAGAUCGAAGGGCUUCGGUGUCCUUAUGGGUUGAAUUUCCGAUGAGACGUAGUGAAUGGUGACCCAACAAUGACAUAAAUCAAAAAGAGUAUAGUUAAUUAUCCUAAGAACGUCAAGUGUACAACUGGGGCGCCUUUGUAUAAUGGAUAUGGGCUAGGAUUGUUACACCAUGAAAACCCGCUGAGGCGUAUCGGAUUGCGGUGCAAUGAACUAGAAAGACUCCAAACUACUGAAAUACAAAAAUCUACACCCAUCAAUUAUAUGAAAG